CAGAAAUACAUUUCAUCUAAUUUUGCUAAGAAGCCCUCGUGGUCAAUGAGACCGAGGGAGGUUUUGUUAGGGUUUUCUUCAGGCUAUACAGAACUCCGAAUCCUAGCCCUAGCUCCAUUUGCCACCGCCGAUACAUAAAGCUCUUUCUGGAAGAAAAAAUGAUGCGAGUAAUCGACAUCAGGAGACUGAAGCCUUCAUCCGUCGAGUUCUUGACCCAUCAACUAAUCCAGAAAUGCUCAGUCAGCGGAACUGCAAAAGGCAAAUCGAAGCUCAAAACGGCAGCGCCACUGAAGCGGUCGAAGGUCACAACCAAAAAGGGAAAAUCACCCGAAGACGCUUCGGAAAAGGGCGAAGGCAGGCGGUUCAACCAGUUCGAAGAAAUGGUCGAUAACUGCCUGAACGCCACGUCGCCGGUCCGGCAUUUGAAGCCCAAAGAACGAGAACGUGAAGCCGAGCGGGAGAAAAUGGGACUGAUGAGCAAAACUAGGGCAAAAGAAAUCGAAACGAUGAAAAAGAAGAAGUCGGAGUCGGAUACGGGUGCGGGUGUGGUUAUGGGCCCACCGGGUUUGGAUCUGAUCACGUUGGGGUUAGUUGACGCGGAUAAGCUUAUGAAGUAUGAGCUGACGGUGGAGGACGGGCGGCGGCUGGCGAAGGAGUAUUCUAGGGUUUUGAUGAGGAGGCACAGGGCGAGGCAGGCGGCUGAGUCGAAUCUGUUGAGGUUGAAGAAGGAGGCGAUCGAGGCAUUGCCGGAGAGGUUGAAGGAAGCGGCUUUGGUGCCGGAUUUGACGCCGUUUCCAGUGAAUCGGUUUAUGGCGACAUUGACGCCGCCUAUUGAAGGGUAUAUUGAGAAGGUUAAUGAGGCAGCGAAGAAGAGCACGGGGAAGGAGAAGCUCCGGUGAUGAGAGCCUGAAAGGAUGAUGCUGUCAACAUGAAUUCUCCGAUCAAGGGGAAGAACAUGGAAGAAACUUGAUGAAAAGGUCAAGCUCCUUAAACUCGGUAGAGCAUGGAAAAAGGGCACACCUUUUGAAGAAUUGUUGGUGCAACAAUCCAGGAUAAGAGCUUGAAAUGCCAAAAUGUGACGUGUCUAGAGCGGCAACCUCCAUAGCUUCUUGUUUACCUAUUCUCCCAGGUUAUGAUUGGUUCUUUAUAGUUUGAAUACCUAGUGUUUUGGUUCUUCAAAAUUCUCUUGCUAGGGGUUUACAGUUGUCAGUUGUUCACCUCUUCAAGAGGUUUGCUGUGCCAACAGGCUGUUUUUCAAGCUUUGAUGCAGAUCUCACUUACCAAAAAAAGAAGAAGAAAGAAUCUGGUAGUAUGCGGUGACUGUUAAGAGGAUGGUUUCUACUGUGAAUCGAGGGUGUGAGUCAUUGUAUCUUUAGAAAACAGUUGAUUGUCCUUAAAAGCCUGCAUUUUGGUUUGCCUCUUGAGACUCCCACUACAAUGAUGAUUUGUGAGAGGAAAGCAGGCCAUCCUUUCCUUGAAUUGUGAGAGAAGUUUUACGUUGGAUAAUCAUCUGCUAAGUGGAAAAAGAAACCAUUAUCAGAAUCCACCCUGCCAUUGUGUCUUCAGAAACUCAGUUGUUUGAGUUAAUUCAUCGGUUAUCAAAAAAAAUGUUAAUUCAUCCAGUAUCAUUAGAUACUCCAUUCGUAAUCGGCUAUCUAUUGGAAUUGAAUAUCUAAAAGGAAAUAA